AAUCUCACGUCUGCACGGGCCGUCCGUCUUGAGGGACAUCGGAGAAAGCCUUCUUGUAGUUGCGAAUGGGGCAACGUAAACAACUUUCCCCCUAAAAGAGCAGACAAGCACGUUCUGGCACGUUCUGAUACGUGAAAGGCGUAAAUCACCUGCAACACAGCGCUAUGCUUAUUAGCGCUCCUCCGCCGUGCUCUUUUGGACAGUGAGCAGAGACAGAAAAAUGAAGCGUCUGACCGCCCCCUGGUGGAUGAGAGGGAAAAUGACGAGACUGAGCCGGCCCUUUGACACAGAGAAACGGAGGAGAGACGAGCCAGCGCAGAGCUCAGAAAGCAAAUGCACCAAUCGGCGUAAAAGGAGAACAGCGAGCAUGGGAGAAGGGCUUCCGGUACAGAUGAAAGAAGACUCAAAAGCUUACAGCACCUGGUAUUCAGGCGGUCUCUCCUCCAAGUCCCUAUGCCGACCAAUCAUUGAGCGCCGUUGAGCAAGUUGAGCUGCUCAACCAACCAAUCACUGAGCUCUGUUGAGCAGGCCGCUUCCUCAACCCACCAAUCAAAUGGCGCCGUUGCUUUGAAUAUUAAGUGCAUCACGCGAGUUACAAACGUAAAUAACACUACUAUCAUCAUUUGAUUGAGAUCGGUUACAGCAAACAAGAGAUAGAAAUCAUGGAUGUGGAGGGACACAAUUGCGUGACAAGAGUUUGUCUGUGAAGUCCAACCUGACUCGGCACAUGCAGCUUCAUUUUCCAAAGGAACAUGUGUGUGAAGUGUGUGGGAAAAGCUUCUCACUGAAACAGCAUCUGAGCAGGCACCAAAAACAACACCUGUACCCAUGCAUCCGUCUGUACAAGCAGGGAGAGGCCAAGCUGCAGUGUACGGAUGGAUCUGCAUCGUCUCAGAAGAGCAUCCUGUCCUUUGUCAAAGCUGCUGGUACUUACACCCCUCCUCUGCCCCAGUCUCCCCUUCCUUGUGCCCGUGUGCUGAGGCGUGCGCACAUAAUCAUGGAGAUGGAGAAGAUGUCUGGAGAAAUCCUCUGCAUUGAUGGCACAAAAAAGGUCCUUAAGAAGAUAUAUGGUGAUGGCCGGGGCACCAUGCAGUAUAUCACCAGUGUGCUGAACGAGUGGGGCCAGUUCUUGACCACAGUGGUGGUGGCAGCUGAGUCUGUGAGGUGCUACAGACGUAUGGCCAAAGGUCUGAUGGCCCACUUUGAACGAGCUAGGGCUCCUGCACCUGCUGUCAUAUAUGCAGAUAACAACUGUUGUCGUGCUUCGUCCUUCCUGGAGAAUCUGUUCAGGGACUGGGUGCAGAAGGGCACUGUGAUCAGACUGGACAUCCGACACUGGCAGCACCGCUGGGAUGCUGUUGUCAUCAAACAGAGCCAUGCCAACUAUGGGUUGUUUAUGAGUGCCCUUGCAGGUGCAGUGCUGGCCUACAACAAGAACGAUAUGAUGCUCCUCAACUGCCCAAUCUGAAUGCCAAGGCUAACUACAGGGCAACCGUAAUGCCAAAGGUGAAACCCCACCAACGAGUGCUGUCAGAAGAACCAAUGCCAGCAGCUCCUACUCUGUCAGAAUCCCUUCCAGCUCCAGAUCGACCUCAGGUUCAGUACCAGAGCCUAUGUCAUGCAGCUGGGAAAAGGCAUGAUCAGAAGCGGAGGAUAGAUGUGGAAGAGUUUGUGAACCGGCCCAUUCAACCUAAACCCCCUGUGGUCACGUACAUCCUAUCCAGAGCGUCAAAAGCACCUGUCCUUGUAGUGGUUCCUGCAUAGCCACAGGGAUCAUCCAUGAUGCUCUGUGGGGCAUCCAGCAGUCAAGGGGUCAUACCUUUCGCACUGCCUCCUGCGCUGACAUCCAGACCAAUCAAGCCUCAUAAAUCCACGAAGCCUUGUGGGGCCUACCAAGUACCCCAGUGUGGUGGGCAGCGUAAGAGGUACACGCCGUCCAAAGACAAGGCUGCUGAAAGUAGCCAAAAAAUAUUUACGUAUUGCCCAGCAACUAGAAAGUCCACCACUUCAGGUUUUGAAGGUGUUGUGUUCAACAGUUUCAAACACUUCAAAAGUGUAGUAGAUGAGGAACUAAAAAUGAAGAAAAAUAACAAUUAGAGAGCCAACUACAUCCCUCAAAUCACAAUAGCAGAUUUCUGGGGUAUGGUUUGUACCUGGUUCAGACCUGGAUCAGACCUAGUUUACUUCAUCCCCUUGUAUAUAUUGUACACAGUAUUGGGGAAACACUGAUUGUACUUAUAUUGUAUAUUGUUCAAUGUGUGCAUGUAUAAAUCUUAAUUAGAAUCCUGUAAAUAAUAACUUAUUAGUACCUAUUUAGCUAUUUUCUGCUAAAUUACUUAAUAAUUAAUGUAAAUUCUAUUCUGUUCACCUUGUUACCUGUGUUAUUAUUGUUGUGUUGUUUAUUUAUUUCUAUAGAUAUAAUAUAUUGUUGAACAAAUAAAAAAAGAUUGUUUCCAAACAUAUGAUUCCUCUCUCUUGUUCUCCAUUUGUCCACUUAAUAGAGGUUAAGACUGUCACAUGAAACUGUAUUGAGUAUAACAGAGGCUGAAUUACUUACCAGUAUGGUAAAGAUUAAGUAUUUUUCUAAAAUUCCAUUAAGGCCGUUUAUGUGUACAUUUUUCAUGCUCUCUAGAGGGUGAAUAGGGCAAAUAGAGUGAAUAAUAUCUCAGAUAUGAGCAAAUUACACUUUGUUCAAGUAGCCUAAUAUAGCUUUU